GGCAUUGUAACACCAUCCCAAACAGUGUACUUGACAUAUUCACACUUUGGCGCCAUUACUUGUGUCACGUCGAGAAAGUUUAUUUUAAUGAAAUAUUUUGCUAGUUUUCAAUCGUAUAUUUUAUCGCAGUUUAUUGAAAUAAUUUAGAUUAAGUUCGUCGAAUAGAAUACGAAAAUUUAAUGCACCAUUUUGGCGGCAUGCGAGAAUGACAACAAUCAAAAACUUUUUCUCACCAACGAAAACAUCACUGGCAAUGACACCAUCACCCGUAAAAAGUGAAAGAAAAUCGAAUCAUGCCCGGCCGGACAACAAACUGAUUGUGUCGAAUAUGAAGUCCGUUAUCAAUUCGGUGAAGUUGCACAAAAAGCAUAAGAAGAGGAAACGCAAUUUGGACGAAACGCCGGAAAUUCACGACAUUUCCAACAUAUUGCAGAGUAAUUUGAGUUUCAUAUCACCGAGUCGGACGGAAGUGGAACAGAGUCAUGUGGAACUUACAGAAGUGACAACAAUACCUGAAGUGAAGCCUGUCGACAGUUCCAUGAUUGCUUUAGAGGACAGUUCUAAAGAGAAUAGUUCGGUUGAUGAAAAUACAGCUACAACGCCGGUAUCUAUUGAAACAAAGUCGCAAUCGACAUCCAAUGCAUUCGAAUUCAUGAUGACCGCACGCUAUAAAUCUAUUGGAACCAAUUCGCCAGGACGAGAACUAACUAAUAAGGAGAGCAAAACGUUAGACGCUGAUCGUGAGGCAAAUGUAAAGCGAAAACUAAUGCUAGAAGAAUGGGCAGAUCGAAAAGGUAGAGCAAAGAAACGGCAAGUGGAGGCAGCGGACGAUGAGUAUAUUGGCAUGGUGAUGGAUAAAAGAGCCAAACGUCUGCGAACGUUGUUGAAAAAUGGGAAAAAGCAAAAGAGCACCGACGAAGUAGCGGUUCCAACAAAAACGUCCAAUGAACUGAAGUCGGUUCCAGCAAAACCGCUAAAUGGAUUGAAGCUCACAAAGGGGAAAAAUAGAAUUGAAGACAGCGAAGACGAUGAUUUGGAUGAAAGUGAGAAAUCGUCGACAAAAUCGUAUCGAACACCUAAUGGCAAAAGAAAAGGAACCAAUCCGAUUCCAGAGGAGUCAUUUAUCGAAAAACUUUCGUCACCCGUCAAGAAGCGUGACAGUUUAUUAGGAUACUUUAGUAAAUUGACAAAAACACCGUCCGUUGAUGGUUCGCCAACAGUUUCUGAAAAUGGAUCAAUUACAGCUGCUUCUUCUGAUAGCAAAAAUCGGAUUAAGAAACGAGGACGUCCAAAGAAAACAUUACCAGCUGAUGAAGCCGUGGUGGCCACACAAGUAACAAAUGAUCCUGAUACACUGCGACGAGAUACAACACCUGCGGUAAACGUAAUGGACGAAGUGGCAGUUAUCGAAGAUAGCCGAGACAUACCCUCGUCAUCAUCAAUAUCGGAGUCAUCAAAGCCGUUGAGCGAAGGUCGACCGAAGCGAUUAUGUCGCGACAAGAAAAUAUCGUAUCUAAUCGACGAAGACUAUACACCAGUGCGGUCCCGAGAGAAAAAGGUCGUCGACAAAGAACAUGUUACGCCAAAGUCAACUGCAAAACAGUCAAAACCAACAAAACUUGCGCCAAUAUUUGCAAAGGCCGUUCCGAAACCUUUCAUCGAUCCCACCGUAAUACGCGCUCGCCAUGAAUUUCUAAUGUCGGGAAUUCCCGAAAAGAUGAAAUUAGAAAUAGAAAAGCAGCGACAGUUUGAAGAGCUCUACGAGACGGAAUACGAAGUGUUUCCGAAGGUCAGUCACGUUGGUUUCCACACAGAAGCCAGCUGUGUUGAAGUUGACUUGUCUAAAUUUAAUAUUCGAUUUAGACCUGUGGUUGCGGAAGACGUCGAAACACAUUCACGUCAUGCGAACAUACUGAAGAUUAAACAGUGUCAAGAAAACGCAGAGCCGAAUGGUGAUGCCGCAACAACGGACCAGAAGGAUUUGGUCAGGCAACUCAAACAGAAUGACGCAACUGAAUUUCCAUAUUAUCGAUGUUUCAAGCAGCUGAGGCGGAAAAAUGCAUUAGAUCCGACCGUCGAAGACGCUGAUUGUGAUAAUAGCAUCGAAUUGGUCGUUGAGAAAGUACCAGCAGCAAAUGGCAAUGAAUUGUUUACAGAGAAAUACAGGUCAUUAACCUCGUCCGACGUGCUGUUGAAUACAAAGCCGCUGAACGAAUUGCAGAAGUUUCUCUCAUCGUGGAAGGAAAACAUGGACGGGAAAGAAUGCGCAAAUUCCAGCGAUGAAUUUGAUACGAAUUCGAAUAGUGGCAUGUCAUCGAUGAAUAAAGCUAUCGUACUAACUGGACCAUCCGGAUGUGGUAAAACUAUGUUUGUCUACGCAUUGGCGGAUGAGAUGAAUUUCAAAGUGUUGGAAAUAAAUGCUGGGGCUAGGCGAUCCGGCAAAAAAGUGUUGAAAAAAUUACAAGAAGCCACCCAGUCACACCAUGUGAACAACAACCAAUGCAGCCAAGGUGACCGUGUCAGGAAUACAAAGUCGAAGUACAGCCAAUCGGAAGACAGCGAGGAUGUGAGCGCUUCACAAAAGCUGUCGUUGAUUUUGAUUGAAGACGCCGAAGUUGUGUUCGAAGAAGAUAUAGGAUUUGUCGAGUCCAUCAAUCAAUUGGUUACCACUACGAAGCGGCCAGUGAUUCUCAUCACCAACCAGAUCAAUUGCCCUCAUCUAAGUCGAUUCAUCAACCGAAAUAUGAUUUCGUUCGCAGUGCCCAGAUCGACGAUAGCAUCGAAAUGGUUGGCAACGUUAUCGAUCGCCGAACAAUGCUACGUUCCGGAAGAUAUGUGUAGAACACUUUAUCAACGAAACAAUUGUGAUUUUCGGAAAACGUUGCUAGAAUUGCAAUUUUUCAUCCAAAGUACCAAUCGUACACAGCUUGGCAACACUGUUGUGCACUCCAACACCAAAUUACGUGAAUUAUUUUUCAACGAUCAAAAUCAGUGCGAAAGAGUUGUCGCGUUUCCGAUUGAUUUUACAACACUCAAUAAGACGAAUCGGAUAUGGAGUCAACGAAAUGCGGACGAAACCAAUGGCAGUGGUACAACAAAAGUGAAUUCGGACUCAUUGAGUGAUAUGACUGACUAUUUGAACAACAUUUCGAUGGCACAGUGGUUAGAGCAAAAGACUGACAGCAGUGAUCGACUUGUAAAUCACUUAAACGACGAUAUUAGUCACUUCCUGGUCGAACAAAGUAUCAAAAUUAGCAGUCCGAAUCAUCCAAAUUACGUAGAGGCGACGUUCGAAACCGAUCCGAUGAGACCACAACAACUGGCAUCAAAUAUCACCAGCCGAAAUCUUCAUUCAACUCGAGCAUUCAACGUGGACAUUGAGCCCUGUUUACGUUCAAUUUGUCGUUCUGAAUUGCUCCGUUCGCAUAAAGAAAGGCGCAGCAGCCGCUUUUACCACUAUCUUCGAAGUGCAAAUACAGAUUCGUUCAGCACAAAAGUAUUGGACGAUCAUUGCUUGAUUUUCAGUAGCGAGUAACGUUCGCAUGCAAACGAUGUGCUUCAUUGGAUUGAAUGCACAAAUCUUUAACUUAUUCGUUAAGACAGUACGUAGACCUAGCGAAUGAUUAUUUUGUUCAGUUGUUGCUGCUGUUGUUGUUGUUGUUGGUUAUCGCAGCCAAACAAAAUAAAAAUAUUUCUGCAAUAGAA